AUGUCAUUUCUUAUUUUAUAUGGUUCCGAAACAGGAACUGCUGAAGAUGUAUCACAAUCUUUUGUUAGUGAUGCUAGGUAUAGAAAGAUACCCUUUAGAAUAUAUUGCAUGGAUGAUUAUAAAAUAGAAAAUAUAAUAACGGAGAAAUUUGUUUUAUUUAUAAUAGCAACAAGUGGUCAGGGAGAGAUGCCAUCUAAUAUGCGACAAAAUUGGAAAAAAUUGUUAAAUGCCAAAUUGUCACCUGACUUUUUAAGUAACUUAAAAUAUGCCGUUUUUGGCCUAGGUGACUCAUCAUAUCAAAAAUACAAUUUUGCCGCCAAGAAAAUGUUUAGGCGUUUAAAAGCAUUGGGAGCCUCUGAAAUUAUACCAUUAGGUUUAGGUGAUGAUCAACAUGAAUUAGGUAUUGAAGGAACUUUAGAUGAAUGGAGAAAAAAAUUUUGGAAUAUAAUUGUUGAAAUUAAAUUAUUUCCAAAUAUUUUAGAAAAUUUUAAUGAAGAUGAAUUAUUACAACCAAAAUAUUCAUUUUCAUUUACAGGAAUUGAGGGAUACUCAACAAAUAGUGAAAAUGAAUUUCAAGAAGUAAAAGUUAUUAGUAAUGAAAGAGUAACAUCUGAAGAUCAUUUUCAAGAAACACAUUUAUUACGUAUAGAUACAGAUUUCAAUGAAAAAUUGACAUAUGUUCCAGGAGAUGUAUUAAUGGUAUAUCCAAAAAAUACAGAUGAAUCAAUCAAAAUGACUAUUGAAGCUUUAGGUUAUUCUGAUGAAAUAUUAGAUCGCCCAUUUACCUUAUCAUUAACAGAUAGUUGUUUUUCUCUACCACCCUCUUGGUUAUUAGAUAGAGAAACAACCAUAAGAGAAUGUCUUGAAAAAUAUUUUGACUUACAAUGUCAACCAAAGAAGAGUAUGUGUGCAAAAUUAGCAAAGAUAGCUAAAAAUGAUAUGCAAAAGCAAAGAUUAAAAGAAUUUGGUAUGGCAGAAGGUUUAGAUGAUUUUAUAGAUUAUGUUAUUAGGCCUCGUAGGACAACUGCAGAACUUUUACGAGAUUUUCAGGAAACUACAUGUCUUAUAGAUCCUAUUAGAUUAUUUGAUUUACUACCAACAAUUAGAGCAAGAGCCUUUAGUAUUGCAUCUUCUCCAAGUAAACAUAAAAAUAUAAUUGAAAUUCUUGUUGCCAAAGUAUGGUAUAAAGUAAAAAAGAUGGCUUCACCAAGACAAGGACUAUGUAGUACAUAUAUAAGUAAUUUAAUUCCUAAUGAUAAAUUAUUUGUUAAAAUUAGAAAAGGAACAUUUAUUUUUCCAAAUAACAUAGUACAACCAGUAAUUUUAAUUGGCCCGGGAACUGGAGUGGCACCUUUUAGGAGUUUACUUCACGAGAGAAACAAACAGACAUCUGAUAGUGACAUAUUGUUCUUUGGAUGCCGUGGUCCAAAUAAAGAUUAUUAUUUUAAAAAUGAAUGGUUAAAUUUAACAAGAUGUAAAGUAUUUGUUGCUUUUUCUAGAGAUGUUACAUACCCAAAACAAUAUGUUCAAAACAUAAUGAAAAAAGAGGAAGAGUCUAUAUGGGAUCUUUUUAAUAAUAAAAAUGCUAAUAUAUACAUAGCAGGUAGUGCUACACAAAUGCCAAAAGACGUAAUGGAAUGCCUUAAAAAUAUUUCAAAAAAACAUGGUAUUAAAGAUAGUGAAGAAUUUUGGGAUAAAAUGGAACGACAAAAACGUGUACAGUUUGAAACGUGGUCCUAA